CACGAGUACAUAGUACAGUACUUUACUCGUACCAGUACUACUACACGAGCCAUGAUUUUGAGAAGUUGAAAACAUUUUUAGUUCUUGGAAUUUACYGUAUCACAACCUUGGGUACUUUUGUUUCGUUACCGAGGCAAAACGAAUCCUUGCAAGUGUAGGAACCGAGCCAUCACCGUUUUACCGUACCGUGCUAUCUUCCCAGUUUUGAAAGCACUCUUUAGCCAUCGGCCGAUAGAAAAACGAAAACAAAAACAAAAACAGCGCUCUCGACCAUGGUGAUGUCCCCGGCGGAAACCUUCAACGCCUUGAUCGAGGCCAUCCGGAGGCUCUUCACGACGCCCAUUGCCGCCUGGACCUGGGGGCAGUGGUUCCUGGCGCUCUUUCUGAUGUUCCUGGUCUCCUCCUGCUGCUGCGGCGGGGCGCGCCGGGGGCGGACCUACUACCGCCGGCGCAGGAGACGAAACAGAAACGACUACGACGGCGGCGACUAUUACUAUUCGUCGUCCUACCGGGCCCGCCCGGGCGGCGGCGACGAAGGCGGGGAAUGCGAGCUGCGGCGGGAGCAGCAGCAGCAGCAGCAGCAGCAACCGCACCCUGGGCCGCCGAAGCCCUGCCUCGUCUCGGGGGGCCUCUGAGCACCGCACCGCGCGUUGCCUCCGCCGAGGCAAGCCGGCCUGGAUCGAAAUCGAAAUCGAUAUCGAUAUCGAUAUCGAUAUCGACAUCGAAAUCCAAUGAUCGGAACCGAACCGAUGCGACCGGAGACUCCGAAAGGGUUGGGAAGGCCGUCGUGCGGAAGGGACGCCGCGAAGACGCAAUCGAGCCGCGUCUGCACCGGAGAGAAAAAAGAGAGAGAACCCUUGGGUUGUGAAACGAACCACCGAGGGAUCGAGACGAUGAAUCGGAAAGCGCCGACCCCAAUCAAUCGCACGAGASGAGCAAACGGUCCCAGAGGACAAUGGACAAAAGAGAAGAGCACCGCAGAGAAAAAAAAUCGAACGUACUUUGGAACGUUCUGUCCCUCCUUCCAACCCUGGUGGAUGGAUGGAUGCAUCGCRGUUCACGCGUACCAUCAAAUCUGUAGUCAGACCUCCAUCACCAAUAUUGGCACACAGUGCAACACGAUCACUAGCGCAUCAUCGGGCAGUGUUUUGAUGUUGUGAAGCAGUUCGGAAUGAGCAGAUUAGUAAAUACUAGAUCUGCUUCAAUGGAAUUUGGUCUCUCCGGUACUCCCUUCAACAUGAUUAUAGGUCUCUUACAGAGUACUGCACUCUACUUCUUAUGUAAUACGCAUUCUUACAGUGCAACCCAAACGCAAUCUUUAGACC